UUGCAGACUAACACGCCCAACCAAAUUCAACCUUCUUUAAAUCUUUCACCCUCUCCAAAAUGGACUGGACCAGAGGCCAAACUAUCGGCCGUGGCUCCACUGCCACCGUCUCAGUUGCCACCUUCGAUCACUCCGGUCAGGUUUUUGCUGUCAAGUCAGCUGAGCUCUCCCAAUCGGAGUUCGUGCAGAAGGAGCAAAGCUUUCUUUCUGCAUUAUCUUGCCCUCAAAUUGUAGCAUACAAAGGAUUUGACAUAAGGGAAGAAAAUGGUAAGCUCUUAUAUAAUAUUUUCUUGGAAUAUGCACCUGGAGGCACCCUUGUGGAUGCAAUUCGCAAGCAUGGAGGGCGGCUUCAUGAGUCCGUGAUCAGGUCAUAUACUCGACAGAUUUUGCUUGGCCUUCACCACCUCCAUUCUACUGGGAUUGUACAUCGUGACAUUAAGGGACACAACAUUUUGGUCACCGGUGAUGGGGCAAAAAUUGCUGAUUUUGGCUGCGCUAGAUGGGUCAAUGAGGAUUUGGCCACCAACGCUAAAAUUGCAGGUACUCCUGUGUACAUGGCACCUGAGGUGGCACGUGGUGAACACCAGGGCUUCCCUGCUGACGUCUGGGCUCUUGGGUGUACUAUUCUUGAGAUGGCUACUGGAAUAGCUCCAUGUGUCAAUAUUUCGGACCCUGUUUCUGCGCUUUACCAAGUUGGGUUUUCAUGUUAUACGCCAGAAAUUCCGAGCUUUAUGUCUGUGCAAGCUAAAGAUUUUCUGAGCAAGUGCUUGAAGAGAGAUCCAACAGAGAGGUGGUCAGCUAGCGAGCUACUUGAACAUGCUUUUAUAACAGAGGAAACCGUCUCUGUUUUGAAGGAUACUGAUGUGGAUACUCCAACAAGUGUAUUAGACCAAGGAUUAUGGGGUUGGAAAGAGGACUUAAAAGCAACAUGGACAUGGAAAUCGACUCAUGAAAGUGGUUGCCUUACUCCGAGAGAAAGACUUGGGCAAUUGGCAAAAGGCAGUGAGAAAGUGCCUGACUGGGCAUGGGAGGAGACUUGGGUCACUGUAAGAAGCAAAUCUAGCGCAAGAGAAAUUGUUGCUAGCUCCAAUGACUGUGGCUUGGUACAUGCCAAAGAAGCCACCGGUGAACUAUUGCAUAGUGGGGAAUAUAAUUUGAUUAAUGUUAUCGCUAACGACUCUGUAGGCAUUGGUGGGAUAAGCAUAUCUAACACUAGCAAUAGCGUGGGCUGUAGAGAUAAUACUAUCUAUAAAAUAUUAUCCAUGUAUUGCAUAUGUACAAAAGAUUAUUUACGUGGCAGUUCCAAUUUCGAAAAGGGAAUAUCAUUUUCUGUUUCUACGUUGCAAUCCUUGCCUUCUUUUCUUUCUGAAGCUGAUCCGUGCACCAUGGGAGACUAGAGUUCAAUUACCCAAUAAACUAGUAGAGGUUAAGUACACAAGCAGUGGAUUCUUUGAGGGAAAAGAAAGAAAAAAAAGGAACAUGCUGGAAAAGUAGAGUUCAGCUUCACACCAGAUAGUAUUAGUUGAGGGAGAAUAAAAGAGAAAAGAGGGUAAUUUUGGUUGCUUCUAAUGUCGAUUCAUGCCAAAACAGCCCAUCAAAACUGGAGAGGUCGGAUUUUAAGCUUUGUUCACUCUAGUAAAACUUGAAAGAGAAAGCAUUAGCUUGGAGUUAGGAAAAGCAGAUGAGGAGGAGCUAGACUCUUAUCCAAUCUUAUCUCACAAUUGCCACUACAUUUAUUUAAAACAAUAGAAUAUUCAUAAAG